AUGGGUUGGGAUGCGGAUUGGUUCACGUUCAGACCUUCAUGGGCUGGGGCUCUUCAUCCGAGCCAUUGGGUGACCGAGGAUGAGAUCAUGCAGUUGAAGAUUGACACCAGCCUCAAGGUGCGGGUGACCUUGAGAAUCGCAUCCGGUCGCGGAUGGUACGAGAAGAAUUGGUUGAAGAGUGACAUCUGGAACAAACAGACCUGGAGUUUUUCAACGAACUUCACUGUAGAUAGCUCGCAACUGCGAAGCUUGGCCCGGGUUCAGCUGAUUUUCGAUGGCAUCAAGAUGGGCGCCAACAUCAAAGUCAAUGGGAAGCUUCUGGGCACGGCGACCAGCCAGUUUGUGAGGUAUAGCUUUGACUUGGAUGGCCUCUUGCAAGAGGGUGACUUGGCGAACCGCGUGGAAGUGACCUUCGACCAUUCGAUCAAGGUCGGCGGCCGAUUCAUGGCCUCCUCCGGGGGCUGGGACUGGGCGCCCUACACGAACACGGCGCAGGAGGGGGCGGCGACCUUCACCUAUGGAAUUUGGAAGCAUGUUUACUUGCUCUACACUCCUAGUGCCUCUGCAUCGAUCCUCCAUGUCGUGCCGAAAGUCUUCUACCAGGGGUCCUAUCCGACCAGUGCUUUGGUGGAUGGUGAGCACGCUGGCUUCCAAGUGAAGGUGAACAUCUUCCUUUCGGCGAAGGCUGCCACCAAAGGCCUUCUGCAGCUGCGUCCCCAGUGGGGUUCCACACCGGCGCCCGUGGCGGUCUCAGUGCCAGAAGGUAUCUCCAAGCAUACGCUGGAGGUGAAUGCGUCGGCCAAGGAGAUCAAGUUAUGGUGGCCUAUCGGCAUGGGGGACCAGCCAUUGUACGACCUGAAGGUGGACUUCCAACCCACCGCGCCCUCCGCGCCCUCCACGACCCAGCGCCGCCUGGGCUUCCGCUACUUCGCGCUGGUCACCGGCGACGACACGGACGCCGCCUACGUGGCGUCGGCGCGGCAGGAGCAGGGCACGGCCUCGGUGGGGAUGUACUUCCGGAUCAACGGCGCGGCCUUCUGGUCCAAAGGUGCCAACGUGAUCCCCAUGGAAAACUUGGAGGGCCGCAUGAGUGGAGAGGCACAUCGCCUCCUGGUCCGCUCAGCCGCCGAUGGAGGGAUGAACACCCUGCGGAUUUGGGGCGGUGGCAUCUUCAUGCCGGACGAGUUUUAUGACACUUGCGAUGAGCUGGGCCUGAUCGUCUAUCAUGACAUGAUGUAUGCUCAGAGUGGCCAUGCGCCCGAGAAGAAUCAGGUCCAGGACACCGAGCUCCGUCACCAGGUGAGGCGGCUAUCAUCACAUCCUUCCAUUGUGAUUUGGGAUGGCUGCAAUGAAUGCACUGUCCUCAUGGGCACGGACACUGGGAUCUAUGCCAGCUUCGUGAUGACCGUGGUGGCAGAAGAAGAUGACUCGCGUUCGAUCUGGCCCUCCUGCCCUGCCUAUGGCUGGUCAACAGGAGUUCACAAGUUGGACUGCCGGCCGAAUGGACAGCCUUUGACGACCCCAGGGACCGGGAAGGGAGCCGCGACCAUCGAAACCCACGGCUACUACCAACAUGGCACGGGCUUUCCUUCGGUGAAUGGGGAGAUCAAGUUGACUCCCUUCCCGGCCAACCUCCCCAUCAAGGCUGGUGGGCUUUCAAGCUGGUGGACCUGUCCCCCACGCGGCUGGGGGGGGCGGAACAUCUUCGGCUCGGAGUUCGGUGCCGUGGUCAUGAGCUCCUUCGAGUCCAUGGCGCCCACCUUGGCGCCCGAGCACUGGGGCCUGCAUGGCGGGCAGCCGAAUGAUGAAUGCGAAGGCUAUGGCUUCCCGAACAUUUGCAAAGGCGACAACGUCAUGGCGGAGCGCAAUUACCCCUGCGACAGCUUGAUCAAUGCCUACUUCGGACUUUAUCCGGAUCGGUACUUCAACAUGACGGGAGAGGAGGUGUUCAAGCAACAUCUCUACCAGUGCAUGCUCUCGCAAGCUUUGAUCCUGAAGUCCGACAUUGAGACCAGGUAUGGUAGUGCUGAGACGGGCCAAGUCCUGGGAGGGCGCUGGAAGCCCUUGCACUACCUCUAUAGGCGGUCGAUCUUCGCCGAUGUCUUCGUGGCCUGCGGAGCGAAUGGCACGUGCUACGCCAAGAACGACGGCUCCACGACCUUCGACGGGCAGUGUACCGUCUCCAGCCUGCGCCUCUCGGACGGGGCCAAGGCCGUGGUUGCGAGGUUGGACGUGCGACUGGCAGCAGGGCCCGGCACCAAGAGGAUCUUCAAGGCCCGGUGGAUCCCGGUGGUGAAGUUUUUGUUUUUACCUUGUGUUGUUUUUGGAUCAGUUGUGCUGAUGUUUGAGAAGCUUCGUUUUCUUGGAUGUGCUGUGCUUCAGUUCAUGGCUUGUGGUUCCCACACUAUGACUGACUAG